GGCACAGUUCCUCAAUCAGCUUAGUUCCAGGAAAUGAAACGCCCACUUCUUGAAAGACAAAUAAUGACAGAACAAGGAAGAGCGACUCGAGUUUGAGGCAACCAUGGCUACUGGGGGUCCAGCUAAGGAUCUAUUUGAUGAGGUUACUUGUCCCAUCUGCCUGGAUUAUUUCAAGGAUCCAGUGACCGUUGCAGGGUGUGGGCACAACUUCUGCAGAGCCUGCCUGAGCCAGUCCUUGGGGGAGUCGGUUGCAGAGGCGUCCUGCCCUCAGUGUAAAGGAACUUUCGAACAAAGGAACCUCAUCCCGCAUCGACCGCUUGCAAAUGUUUUAAAAAUAUUAAUAGCCAAGAAGCUCUUCCUUCCAGGGGUAAUGGGCAGAGUCUGUGAGAAGCACCAGGAACCCCCGAAGCUCUUCUGUAAAGACCAUGAAUCCCUUAUCUGUCUGGUGUGCGACAAAUCCAAGGAACAUGAAAAUCAGAAGAUGACUCCUCUAGAGGAGAUUUCCCCAGAAUUCAAGGAUCAAAUCUGGAAUAGCCUGGAAACUUUGUGGCAAAAGAGACAGAAAAUGCUGGCCUACAAAGUCGACACAGAAAAGGAAAGCCAAGGCCUGCUUAAGCAAACAAAAGCAGAGAGAGAAAAGAUGGUGGCUGAGUUCAGGCAACUACAUCAGUUUCUGGAAGAACAAGAGAAGCUUCUGCUGGCCCAAAUGGAAGAGGUGGAGACGGAGAUUGCAAAGAAAAGGGAUGAGCACCUGGCCAGACUCUCUGAGGAACUCUCCUCUCUUGAAAGCGUCAUCGAGGAGAUGGAGGGGAAGUGUCAGCAGCCAGCAAGUGAACUCCUGCAGGAUAUUAGAAGCUUCUUGCAGAGGUCUCAGGCAAAGGAGAAUGUUGAGGAUCCUCCUGUGGCUUUUCCCCCUGAUCUGAAGUGGAGGAUCUGGGAUUUCUGCGAUAUAUGUCCCUUUCUGGAGGGGGUCAUGAAGCAGUUCAGAGCGAUGCUGAUAUCUGGACUUCAGUUGCAAAAAGCAAAUGUAACUUUGGAUCCAGACACAGCCUUUGCCCUGCUUGUCCUGUCUGAGGAUCGUAAAAGUGUGAGAUGUGGGGAAACACCUCAAGAUCUGCCCGACAAUCCUCAGAGAUUUGUCUCAUAUCCCGCUGUGCUGGGACAUGAGGGGUUCACAGCAGGCAGACAUUUUUGGGAUGUCGUUGUGGGGAGUGAGGAGGAAUUGGGUAUGGGGGUUGCAAGAAACUCUGUGAGGAGAAAGGGUGAUGGUGACUUGGGUCCUGAGGAAGGGGUCUGGGAUCUGGGGAAGUGGGGAGGUAAAUACAGGGCCUCUAAUUACUCCAAUUACCCUCCUCUGUCCCUGAGUGAGGAGCCCAAGAGGAUCCGAGUGACUCUGAACUAUGAAGGGGGCCGGGUGGCCUUUUAUGAUGCUGAUAGAGGAGCCCUGAUCUUUGCCUACUCAGCAGCCUCAUUCUCCAGAGAGACCCUUCAGCCCUUGUUUUUUGUAUUCAACAAAGGCCAACUGACACUCUCUGCCUUCGCCUCCUUUGAAAUUCCUCCAAAGGAAACGCCUAGUUGCUUACAGAGAAGAGAGAAAACGAAAGUAACUCUUCCUGAAAAGGCCACCAUGGCUGUUUCUGGGGGUCCCGUUCAGGAUCUCUGUGAGGAAGCCACUUGUCCCAUCUGCCUGGAGUAUUUCCGGGAUCCAGUGAUCAUCCCGGAGUGUGGACACAACUUCUGCCGAGCCUGCCUGAGCCAGUGCUGGGAGAAAUCCGAGGCAGAGGCUUCCUGCCCUCAGUGCAGGGAAAGGGUUCCACACAGGAACCUCAUCCGGAAUCGGCCGCUGGCGAAUGUUGUAGAAAUACUUAUAGCCAAGAAGAAACUCGGCCUUCAAGAGGAAAAACGGGUAGAAGGAAAGGGAAGAAUCUGCGAGAAGCACCAGGAGCCCCUGAAACUCUUCUGUAAAGACCACAGAACCCCGAUCUGUGUCGUUUGCGACAAAUCCAAGGAACAUGAAAAUCACAAGGUGAUUCCUCUGGAAGAGGCUUCCCAGGAGUACAAGAAUUGGAUCAGCAGCUGCCUAGACAAUCUGAGGAAGGAGAGAGAGAAAAUCCUGACAUUCAAAGCAGAUACUGAAAAGGAAAGCCAAAACCUGCUUGAGCAAACUGAUGCAGAGAGGGAAAGGAUGAUGGCUGCGUUUAGACGGCUGCGCCAGUUUCUGGAAGAACAAGAGAAGCUUCUCCUGGCCCAGAUGGAAGAGGUGGCAAAGGAGAUUGCAAGGAAAAGGGAUGAGCACCUGGCUAGACUCUCCAAAGAACUCUCCUCUCUCGAAAGCAGCAUCCAGGAGAUGGAGGACAAGCAUCGGAAACCAGCCAGUGAGCUCCUGCAGGAUAUUGGGAGCUUCUUGCAGAGGGCUUUGGCAAAGGAGAAGUUUCAGAGUCCUGCAGCUUUUCCUCCUGAUCUGAAGUGGAAGAUCUGGGAUUUCUGUGAUAUAAACCCCUUUCUGGAGGGAGUCAUGAAACCAUUCAGAGACACUCUUGGAGCUGGACUGAAGCUGCAGAAAGAAAAUGUAACUUUGGAUCCAGACACAGCCCAUCCCCGUCUCUUCCUGUCUGAGGAUCACAAGAGUGUGAGACGGGCAGAUGAGCUUCAAGACCUGCCUGACAAUCCCGAGAGAUUUGACUCAUAUAACUAUGUACUGGGGCAUGAGGGGUUCACAGCAGGCAGACAUUUCUGGGACAUCCUUGUGGAAGGUGAAGAGGGUUGGUCUCUGGGGGUUGCCAGAAAGUCUGUGAUGAGGAAGGGUGAGAUCACAGCAAGUCCUGAAGAAGGAAUGUGGUGUAUGGGGAAGUGGGCAGGUGAAUACAGGGCCUGUAUCCCUCCUGACUACCUUCCUUUGUCCCUGAGUGAGGAGCCCAAGAGGAUCCGAGUGGCUCUGAACUGUGAAGGGGGGCGGGUGGCCUUUUACGAUGCUGACAGAGCAGACCUUCUCUACACAUUCCAGGCAGCCUCAUUCUCCGGAGAGACCCUUCGGCCCUUCUUUUGGAUUUAUUAUAAUGUCCACCUGACACUCCCUGCCUAAGGGUGAAGUAAGCUCACUGCAGUUGUGACAGAUGUACAGCCAUCUCCUCAGGACUGAGCUCGGGUUACUCUUUCUCCAGGUCAAGUCAGUUGUUGCUAGUGUCUCUUUCCAGACAGUACCAUAAUCUAUCUUGAAUAAAGGCAAAACCCUGAAUGGGCAUCACUCUCGCCUCACCCAGCCUUAAUCCUGCUAUCGGUUAACCUUGUCUUUCCCCCACUAGCCCUAGCGAUGCAAGCACCAAAAUCCAUUCUUCUUUGCCACUACUCAAGGAGCUAAUGUGAUACUUUUAAGCAAAAUCCCUGUGUUCAAAGAGAUCCAUUUCCUUCAAAUAUAACAUGGUCCCUUCUGGAAAUGAAGAGCCUCCUAUAAGAGUUCCAAUGAGGCAACAGAGGCAGUCAAGGGAAUUCCAGGGGAUGAUGGGACAUCUCCAUUUAUACAAUUAUUCUAAGCUAAUUUGUAGUUAACAGGCAGAUCCAUCUAUAGAUUUGCAGAGAGCACCUCUGCUUAUCCUUUUGUGUAAUAUAUCUGAACCUAUUCCAGGGAGUGUUUCAUGUGCUAACAUGUUUUAAUUCUAUUAAAGAUUGUGUAGUGUUGCUCUUUAUUAUUUCUUGCAUUUAUAGGCAGCCUGCCCUCUCAUGAACUCAAGGAGGUAUACAUGAUGCUUUUUGUUCCCACACAUUUAUCCUUGGGUUGUGCACAUCCCUCCCAAAUUUGAUUGGUGGGUCUAAUUUGGGAAUCCACGUUUGGUCUGAUUUCGCCUGGACUGAAUCAGACCUGAUCUGGAUCAUGAUCUAGAAAAUACAAAUCUUUGGUAGUCC